GAAAGGGGUCGGGUGGGCAGCCUGGCAUCCCAUUCCUGCCUUGGCCCUUCCUCCUCGUCCCUCUCCGACGGGCGAGCCGGGAUUCUCUCCUUUUGGGGGUUUCCCCACCCGCACUCGCACUGCCACUGCCUGCACGCGCUCCGACUCCACGGUCCGUCCACUCCCGCGGCCCCUCCCCGCCUCACCGGGCGGCCGCGCGCGCGGCUCGAUGCGGCGGCGCCUCGCGCCGGCGCUGCUCCUCCUCGCCGCCGCGCUGCUUCUGGCGGCGAGCCCGACCCCUGCGGCGAUCGCGGCAGAUUGCCCUUUGGAUUUGAGUUGGCCCAACUACGGACUGAUAGGUUCCGUCUGCUCGGAUCAAAAUGGACACUCAAAGUGUUGCCGCUACAUCAAUGCUGUUCUUGCGGUUUCAUCUGCCAUGUAUGCAAACACAACAGGCACACUUGGGGUUCCAGAUGAAUUUUCUGAUGCCUGCAUUGCCAAUAUCUCUGAUACAUUGGUGUCCAAGGGGAUACUGCCCACUGCCGCUUCGUUCUGUGGCCUUGGGAUCAAAAUUCAAGUGUCCUAUCAAUGUGUUGGGAUGACCACCAUCGUUCAGAUGUUGCAGUCUCCUAAUUUCAGUGAUGUCACAAGAAGCUGUGCAACUACACUUUCGGAUGAUAUCACUUGCAAGAGGUGCUUAAACUCUGGUCUGUCGUACCUCCGCCAUCUCGUGGGGGAACAAGAUAAUGUCACGUUGAAUACCUGCCGUGAUGCUGCUUUUGUUGCAUUUGUGAGUCAAGGGAAUAUAUCUACUGUUGAUACGGCUGGUUGCUUUUUUAGCGUUCAGGGGCUUAGUGCUCUUCAAGCGAACAUCUCUGGACCGGCCCCUGAUGGACUUCUUGCGCCUGAUAUAUCUCCCAGUCCACUUACGGUGCAAGUUCCUGUAGUGCCACCCAAACAUCAUCGCAGCUACAAGCUUGUUCUAUUCCCAGCUAUUGGAGCUUUGGUCACAGGACUAGCCAUUCUACUAGUGAUAAUACUGAUUCUGCUAAUCCGUAGAAAGUAUAAAGAACUCAAAAAGAUAGAAGGAAAUAACCCUAUGGAUGCAUGGAGUUUCUCUGGUGUUAAGAAGAGCCAAGAAGGUAAUUCUACCAUUUUUGGCAGAUUUAGUUACAGAGAAAUGAAGAAAGCAACAAGGAACUUCAGCACAGUGCUAGGAGGAGGUGAAAAUAGUACAGUAUUCAGAGGCCAACUGGCUGAUGGAUCUGUGGUUGCUAUCAGACGCAUUGAUAGUUCGCCGAAACAAAGUCAGCAAGAAUUUUGUAAGGAAAUGGAAUUUCUUGGGCGGUUGCAUCAUCGACAUCUUGUUGGACUAAGAGGCUUUUGUUUAACAAGAUUUGAGAGGUUCCAGGUGCAUGAAUACAUGGAAAAUGGAAGCCUUCAAGAUCACCUACAUUCGCCAAGUAAACAUCUUCUACCAUGGAAAAACAGGAUCCAAAUUGCCAUUGAUGUUGCUAAUGCUUUGGAGUACCUUCAUUUCUAUUGUGAUCCUCCACUAUACCAUGGAGACGUCAAGCCUAGCAAUGUCUUCUUAGAUAAGAAUUACCUUGCGAAGGUAAUUGGUGCAAAACUUUGCCACAGUUUACAAUCCUUACUACGCGUAAACCAACUGUAUGCGUUUCAACAGCUUGUCGGUGGUGGUCUCGUGCACCAUUGCACAAGCAGUCGCAAUACAACUCCCAGUUCCACCCCAGUGAAUGUCAAGAUCCAAGCAACUCCUGGGUACGUAGACCCCGAGUACGCGGUGACCCAGGAGGUGACCCCGAAGAGCGACGUGUACGGCUACGGCGUGCUGCUGCUGGAGCUGGUGACGGGGAAGCCCGUGGUCCAGGGCGAGCGGAGCCUCGUGGAGUGGUCCCGCGAGCUGAUCGGCACGGACUGCCGGCUCCACGAGCUGGUGGACCCGGCGGUGGCGGGCGCGUUCGACCUGGACGAGCUGCAGGUGGUGGCGGACGUGAUCCACUGGUGCACGCACCGCGACGGCGCGGCGCGGCCGUCCAUGAAGCAGGUGCUGCGCAUCCUGCACGAGCGCCUUGACCCGCUGUCCGGGCGGUUCGCGCGCGCCGUGGAGGGCGAGGAGGGGUACUACUACUGCGCCGCCGGCGGGCGGGCCAAGGGGAAGCGGACCGUCGGCGAUGCCGCGGUCCCGUUCAGCGGCGAGGCGGCGCGGUCGUGGCUGCCGUCGUCGAGCAGCACGUCCCGGUCGCACUGCAGCCGCAGCGUGCUGCUGGAGUGCAGCUCGCCCGAGCAGCAGCUGUCCCCGCCGCCGGCCCACGUCAACGCCGCGUUCCCGGCCUGACGCCGGCCCGGGCGGUGCAGCCCGUUCUUUUUGGUCUGUGGUGGUCUGGUGGAGCUAGCGGCGGCGAGGGCUACUUGCUCCGUUUUGCUCUGUUGCGUCGACGGAUUCUGCAGGCCUCCUGCCGCCACUCCACUGGGUUUAUUAACCACACGGAGUGAAUCAGUUUAGUACCAUGGCAUCAGCUACAGGGAUGUCAUUUCAACAAACAGGCACCACCACGACCUUUCGGUAAACAUAUAGUUCAUAUCUUAAUUAUAAAAUAAAACCAUAACUGCACUAGUCAAAAGCAUAACUCUAACAUUAAUCGUAACAAAACAAGGUAUGUACUUGGAAUUGUAAGAUCUAUGACUUGGCAGGCCCUGUUGCUUU